AUGCAGUCAACAAUCAUGUUUGCCAUUUUGAGAAACCAGCUCUGGCCAAACUUGGAGAUGCAGUCUUCCUCAGGCAAAAACAGCACAAGAUGUCUUGCCACCGUAAACCAAUACAGAUGGAAAAAAGUUAGAACCAAGGCAGAUAUGCCAAAGAAAAUUAUUCCUAAAUCAAGGCAGGUGCUUCGUGGCCCUCAGAGAAAAGGAGUUUGUAUCAAGGUUUUUACCCGAAAACCAAAGAAACCCAAUUCUGGGAACCGGAAGUGUGCGCUGCUGAAACUUAGCAGUGGGAAAGUUAUCACUGCGUAUAUUCCUGGCGAGAAAGCAGUGUUGCAGGAGCAUGGUGUGGUGUUGUUUGAAGGUGGUAGAGUGCAGGACUGCCCUGGAGUCAAAUAUAAGAUAAUUAGAAAGAAGUAUGACAUGAACUAA